AACAGACACUUGCGCUAAGUGUGAUGAACUAACAUUAAAAAUAAAUUCUGCCGUUGUUAAUGACAUAAAACAACAACUUAUUAAUGAAAAAGAUCUCCAUUUGCGAAAAGAAAAGUUCAGGCAAAUAAAGAACCAUUACAAAGAAGAGGCGAAGGCCCG